CUAUCCUCUUCCAAUUACUCUCUCCAUCUUUUUAUGUCUCCUACCUUGAGAAUAGAUUUUUCUCCUUAUGGCUCGAAUUUCAACUUCCUUAAUCAAACAUCAUUAAUUUCUCCAAAUUUUCUUCAACGGUACUUAAGUCGUUACUCAGUUACUCUAAGGUUUGUCUUGUAGGUGGAUAGACUGUACCCCUGGAAAGAUCAACUUUAAGGGUAUACAGGGAUGCAGAAGAGUGCAACAAAUCGUCAGAUAUCGUGCAUUGGGUCUAUGCCUUGGUGGGUUGCUGCAGGACCACAAGAUGAACAAAUAAAUUCACCGAAUCUCAAUCAAAUCGAUUGGGUGGGCGAGCACCAAAAGUCUCAGCAUGUUAUGAGUGGAACACCAGAGAAAGAAAAACAAGGAGCCUUCCAACUUUCCUUUUCUGCUGAGGAGAACAAUAACUCUUUGAAAGAAAUCAAUGGGCAUGAUCAUCAAUCAAACAGUUUCAAGCAUUUCUCUCCUCCCCAACAGAAGAGUUAUGUUGAGCUUGGACUUGGUCAACCAAUGGUAAGUGAUGUCUAUGCAAAUUAUCCCAUUGUCGACCAUUGCCAUGGAUUAUUUGCAGUUUAUGGGACUCAGCCUACGGGGCGUGCUAUGCUGCCAUUUAGUGUGACAACUGAAGAUGGACCGAUCUAUGUAAACCCAAAACAGUAUCAUGGAAUUCUACGUCGCCGGAAAAUGAGAGCAAAGGAAGGGAUGAAAAACAGGUCAACCAAAGAUAAGCCGUAUGUUCAUGAAUCGCGGCAUCGCCAUGCUUGCCGUCGAGCAAGGGGUGCCGGUGGACGCUUCCUCAACACCAAGAAUCAUGAGAAUGAGAAGAGUAAAGAGGAAACAAAAAAGAUAUCUGAACAGCUGACCUUUCCUUGCUCGCAUUCAUCAGGGUCUGAAGUUGUUCAGUCUGAUGGUGGAAACUUGAACUCCUCAAAGGAGAUAUCUGAUUGCAAAAGCUCAAACUUUUCUAGCUCUGAAGUGACUAGCAUGUAUUAUAACAAAGAGUUUGAUUGCUUUGGAAUCAAUCCUGGUCGUCCUUUUGCUAUCCACCCUUUACAAAAUAUGGAAGGAAGCAGGCAGGGCGGUAACUGGGUUACAGUAGUUGAUGGCUGCUGCAACCUUUUUAAAGUUUAAGAGAGAAAAGGACAUUAAAAAGGGAUGGUUGCUUUAAUUGUGGAAUAGUUUUCUGGAUUAGCAGCCAUUCUGUCCCUUAAGCCGCUUGGUUCCAGAUUCUGUAAGAAGCGGUCAUUCUCUCUCACACUCUCUUCCAUUUGGUUGUGUUAUCGAAUGGCAAGUCAUCCUUUGGCUAUGAGGUCUUGUUUGUUGCUCAGUUGGAAUUCUGGAGCUGCAUGGUUUCAGAGUGGUUGCAGUGACAACAGACCUCUCUGUAUCAUAGUAAGAAACUUUAAUCCUAAAGGAUUAUUUUUUUUAUUAAUGUUUGUAACAUAGGUUUGCUGGGUUGCUUAACUUUGAAUCUCAGUAUAUGCUUGUAUUAUAGUUUGAUUGUCAUGUGUAUCAGAAAAUGCUACUUUGAAAUAUUUGUAAUUAAUCAUAUUCUGAUUUGUGAGUA